AUGGGAACACAUAACCUAACAACUGUCUCAGAGUUCCAUCUCAUGAGCUUCUCAGAGGACCCAGACCUGCAGCCCAUCCUCUUUGGACUUUUCCUGUCCAUCUACCUGGUCACACUGCUCGGGAACCUGCUCCUCAUCCUGGCCGUCAGCUCUGACCCCCACCUGCACACCCCCAUGUACUUCUUCCUCUCCAACCUGUCCUUGGCUGAUAUCUGUUUAACCUCCUCCACAGUCCCUAAGAUGAUUGUAGACAUCCUAACUCACAGCAGAGUCAUCUCCUACAUGGGCUGCCUGACACAGAUGUCUCUGUUUAUCCUUUUUGCAUGUAUGGACAACAUGCUUCUGACUGUGAUGGCCUAUGACCGCUUUGUGGCCAUCUGCCACCCCCUGCAUUAUGCAGCCAUUAUGAACCCUCAGCUCUGUGUCUUACUACUUUUUGUGUCAGUAUUUAUUAGCCUCUUAGGCUCUCAAGUGCACAAUUUAAUUGCCUUGCAACUCACGUGUUUCGAAGGUGUAGAAAUUGCUAAUUUCUUUUGUGACCCUUCUCAGCUCCUUAACCUUGCAUGUUCUGAUACUGUAAUCAGAACCAUAGUCACCUAUAUUGUUACUGCCAUAUUUGGCUUUUUCCCAAUAUUGGGGAUUAUUUCCUCAUACUAUAAAAUUGUUUCCUCCCUUCUGAAAAUCUCAAAAUCUGGGGGAAGGUACAAAGCUUUUUCUACGUGUAGUUCUCACCUGUCACUUGUUUGCUUAUUUUAUGGAACAGGCCUUCUAACUUACCUCGGGUCAAGUGUGUCCUAUUCUCCCAGUAAGGCUAUGGUGGCCUCACUGAUGUACUCUGUGGUCACUCCUAUGCUGAAUCCUUUCAUCUACAGCCUAAGGAAUAGGGACAUUAGCAGCACCCUGAAGAGGCUCUGCAGCUGGUGGGUCUAA